AUGAAUCGUAAUCGGACAUCACCAGAACAAAUUCACAACAGCGAAUCUCAAACCACAAAAUCCGAUGAAGCAUCAUCUAAUCCACGUUUGAAUGCUGUCAAAGAAAAAAUUUCGGAUGUUGUGCAUACAACAGCACAAAUAUUGAACAUUGAACCUCACCAAAGGCAUCCAGAAGCUUAUCAUCAGGACGAAUGGACAAGUGGAAAUCUGCCAAUUGAUAAUUUAAUUAAAAGUACUCAACUUGAAGCUAGACAUCCCAAUGAUAAAUUUCUUGAAUGGACACCUUAUGAAAAACUUACUGAUUUUUGGAAAAUUAGAGAAGGUGGAUUUGGAGAGGUAUAUUCCGCAAUUUGGUCUCAUUACGGAAAUAAAAACUGUCAAUGCGAUACUUCUGCAACACUGAGCAAAAGCUUUCCAGUUUUCGCUUCCACCUUUUUCAUUUCCAGUGCCACCACGCCACCUACACAAAGGCCAUGCGUCCCAUUGAUAAAAAGUUCCUCUCAUACAACCCCAGCAUUUACAAUCCCACACAAGUAUAGUAGAAGGCAGGCAAGAUGA